AUGUCUGCCUCCAUUGUUUCCUCCCUUCAUUCAGGUUUGCUCGGGUCUUCUUCAGUUCCUCCUAAGCUUGUUCCAUCCUCUCCUUCUGCUUCACCUCUAGCUGCUUCUCCUCCUUCGGUUCCUUCUCCUCCUCCGUUGUUAGUUUCUUCUCGUCGCAAGGCUCCUCAUCCACCGGUUAUCUCUGCCCCUGUUGCUGAUCCUCUUACUUCUGACAACUCUGAUCCUAUUUCUGUCGCUGCUAUUCGUUCUUGGCCUCUUUAUCAAAUAGAUGUUAAGAAUUCUUUCCUCAAUGGCCAUCUCACUGAGAAGACUGCUGUUACUGAGCCUGGGUUUCAUCCUUGUGCCCAGGACUCUGUUUUAUUUCUUUUCCACACCUUUACUAGAUUUGUUGCGUUAUUACUAUAUGUGGAUGAUAUGAUCAUCACUGGUUUGAACUUCUCUAUUAUUUCUGAGGUUAAGCAGCAUCUUUUCCGCACCUUUGAAAUGAAGGAUCUGGGCCCAUUGUGGCAUUUUCUUGGUAUUGAGGUAGCUUCUUCUCCCAAGGGCUACUUUCUAUCUCAGGCCAAGCAUGCUAAUGAGGUUAUUCAUUGUGCCGGUCUUACCGACACUAAGAUUUCUGAUACCCCUAUUAAGCUUAAUGUAAAGCUCAACACUACUGAUAGUGUUCUUCUAGAUGAUCUUACUUUAUAUCGAGAGCUCGUGGGUUACUUAGUCUAUUUGACGGUUACUCAUCCUAAUCUUGCCUAUGAUGUUCAUGUGGGUUUACUAUUGUCCUCUACUUUCUCUCUGAAUUUGGUGGCCUAUGCUGAUUCUUAUUGGAUUGGUAAUGUUACUGAUCACAAGUCCACAUCUGGUUUCUGUAUGUUUCUUGGCACUUUCUUGAUCUAUUGGAAAAGUAAGAAACAAAUUGUUAUUGCUCGCUCUACUGCCGAAACUGAGGAUCGUGCUAUGGCUCAUGCUACUGCUAAAGUUGUCUGGCUUAGUUGUCUUCUCUCUGACUUAGGCAUCCCCCAGUCUUUGCCGACCUCCCUCUAUUGUGACAACCGCAGUGCUAUUUAG